AUGGAGCGCUGCCAUGACAGACUGCAUGGGACCGUACCGCUUCUGCAGCAACGUGAUGAAGCAGAACGUCCGGCCCACUCGCGCCCACGGUACCCUGCUCGACAGCUGGUCACUAUGCGUGUCGACCACAAGGAUCAUGAAGGAUGCAAGACCUUUACCCCGUUGGCCAACUUCCCUCCCACCGACCAGGGCCAUCACGCUGCGACCCUGGCGCAUGCUUUUUGUAUUGACUCUUGA